AGCGUUGAGUUCCGGGCAUCGUGGCCUGAAGAGGACCGCUUUGUAUACCUCGACUCCACCUUGUAUUUACUCCCUCGGAUCUCUCCCUCCCUGCACCGACCUUCGACCUUCUCCAACCCUCUCACAGGCUCCAAUUUACUCUCGAAUUUCAAAACCUCCCCUCCUUUCCGAUUCCAUUCGCCAUGGCUCAAAUCCGUGGCACCGCGGGCUACAACCUCGGCCACCAGAACCCGUUCGGCGGACCCGGCAGCGCAGAUGCUACCAACGACCCUAGCCCGCUCGAUGCGAUCCGCGAGCAGACUAGCAAGAUUGAAGACUGGUUGGAUUCAUUGGCAGACCCCGUCAAGCCGUACCUCCCUGCGAUCGGCCGGUUCCUGAUUGUGGUUACGUUUAUCGAGGACUCGCUACGUAUUCUUACACAAUGGGGCGACCAGCUAACCUACCUUCGUGACUUCCGCAAGAUUCCCUGGGGAAUUACGCACAUGUUCCUCAUCACCAAUGUCAUCGCCAUGUCCGUCUGUUCGGUCCUAGUCAUCGCCCGCAAGCGCACCGAGUACGCCGUGGCCGGUUUGUUGGCCGUGGUUAUCACCCAAGGACUGGGAUACGGCCUCAUCUUCGACCUAAACUUCUUCCUACGCAACCUCAGUGUCGUCGGCGGUCUGCUGAUGGUGCUGUCGGACUCAUGGGUGCGCAAGAAGUUCGUGCCCGCCGGCCUGCCCCAACUCGACGAAAAGGACCGCAAGAUGUAUGUGCAGUUCGCUGGGCGUGUGCUACUGAUCUUCCUGUUCAUCGGAUUCGUCUUCUCCGGUCAGUGGAGCUUCUGGCGCGUCCUGGUUAGCUUGUUCGGUCUAGUCGCCUGCGUGAUGGUCAUUGUCGGCUUCAAGGCCAAGUGGAGCGCCAUUAUUUUGGUGGUGUUGCUGAGCGUUUUCAAUGUGCUGGUCAACAACUUCUGGACGCUGCACCCCCACCACCCACACAAGGACUUUGCCAAGUACGACUUUUUCCAAAUCUUGUCAAUUGUUGGUGGUCUCCUUCUCUUAGUCAACAUGGGCCCCGGUCAGUUGAGCAUGGACGAGAAGAAGAAGGUCUACUAGUGUGGAGUAGAGAAAGACACUUAUACCGCUCUCUAUAUAUCCCACGGGCUGUUACAUCCCGCAAUUAGUGGAGAUUUGGAAAGAUCAGAUAUGGAAGAUGUCAAAAAAAGCUGGCUCUCAUCUUACCUCCCAGUCUUGCCCGCAAAGCAAACUACACGCACCACCUCUGCAAAACCCGCGCGAGGAGGUUAGUCGAUCACUCUUGUACUGCAAUCUUUCCUUUGCCAUUCGGAUUUGCCUAGAGCCCCCCAUCAAAGUCACAUCUCUCUCCCACAGUUCUGCAUGACUUGUCUCUCUGAUUUUCUCUCUUUUUCCUUGUGUUGCCAGUUUCCUCCUCAUACCACUAGGGACUGGAUCAAAUUGGUGUUCCAUCAUGCUCCCCGCCAUAUUCUUUUCUUCCGGGCCGUUCUGCAUUUUUCCUUUAUUUUCCCCCCGCAAAAAGAAUAUGUCCCUUGCAUGCGAUGGUUACAAGUCAUCGUCAUGGACUACUGCCGAAUCUAUCAUGAAUGAUAAGUUGCAUUGAAGUCAUGAGUUUAUUUAUUCUUCUGAGCUCUGUCGAGCUGCGUAUGAUUAUUAGGCGCGCCUCUGUAUUAGGGCUCCGCUGGGUAAAGACGCCUACCCACUUGUUCUAUUUACGUGUUACGGCUCGUGCCCAGGCAUACUAGCUGCAUAGGCCGAAUGACUCAAUAUGACGGAGCUUAUGGGUUGUCCUAUUACGCAGCGCAUAUCACGUUGGGGGGCGACGAAGCCCUGACACAUGAUUUCGAGUAUUCUGGAAAAUUUCGGCAAUCAAUGAUCUACUUAUUC